UAUGAACCUCUUUUUGCAUUGACUUCACAACUUGACAGGAUCUAUGCUUAUCCAAAAAAUAAAAUAAAAUAAAAUAAACAACUUGACUUGAGCCGAGCUAACUGUGUACGGCCAUCUGUUUUAGAGCAUUACGACUACGUAUCUUCACCAAUCUUUGAGCCCCUACUCAUGUGCAAAGCCAUGUGACCCCUUCAAUAGAUAGAUAUCUAUGCAGUCAAAUAAUGGAAGCUUAACAGCCAGCCACUCUACUGACGACACCACUGAGUCCAAAACCCUAUAAAUACAAGCAGCACUAAACCCAGAAGCCAAAAUAUAUUCAAAAAUUUCACUCUUUUAUAUUAGCUAGAGCGCUUACACUCAUGGGUAUUCGCUUGCCUUCCAUGUUUCCUAAUACGAAGCAAAUCCUCAAAGGGAAGUCUUAUCUUGCAAGAAAUCAGUCAGACGUACCAAAAGGGCAUAUAGCAGUUUAUGUUGGAGAGCAGCAAAUGAAACGGUUCGUGGUACCCAUAUCAUACCUGAGCCGUCCUUUAUUCCAAGAUUUGCUUAACCGAGCUGAAGAAGAGUUUGGCUUCAAUCAUCCAAUGGGUGGCCUUACGAUUCCUUGCAGAGAAGACACCUUUCUUGAUCUUAUCACUUGUAAUUUCCAUGCCUCGUGAAAGAAUAUGAGAGAGAGCAAACAGAAGUCGCAGUUUUGUCUUGGUUUAAUAUGUUGUAGUCAUGAAUGUACAUAAGAUUUUCAAAUGCUAUUGAGAAAUUAAAUUGUUUGUCCUUAUAAAUUUAA